UGCUUCCCCCCGCGUCAUCCUAACCGUGGCCGGCCACUGGAGGCGUGACACAGCGAGGUGGGGGGACCUGCGACCCCUUAGCUUCCUGGCUCCUGCAUCGUGGCGGGUGAGGCCGAGCUGUCGCCAGGAGGCCCUCCCGGCUGUGCCGCAGCUGCACCCUCUCCACCUGGAGUGUCCCAGAGGGGCCGGCCAGUGAGGAAGAAGGGCACCGGGGCGGGGGUCCAGCCUCUGACCCCUCAGGGCUCGGAAGCCAGGGUGGAGGCUUGGCGCAGCCGGGAGGCCUCUGAGGCCUCUAGUGGGAACACCUGGCCUGGGGGAGGGCUUAAAGCCCGGGAGGGUGCAGGCAGGUGCCGGCAGGCAGCGUGGAGGCGAGCGCGCAGGCUCUGCCGGCCCCUCCUGCCCCAUCCGCCAUGUGGCCCUUCCUCAGCCGCGCUCUCUUCCCGCCCCCCACUGAGGCCUGGCUGAGGAGGGCUUCUUCAGACCCCGAGGCCCAGGGCUGGGGGGCCUGGAGCCAGGCUGAGAAGAGCCCUCUGGGCCCGGGGGCUGGAGACACGGAGGAGGAGGAGACGGGGGAAGCGGAAGAGCGCGAGGAAGACGCAGGCUUCUUGCUGUCUGUCCUGGAGAGGGGGCACCUGGCCGAGUGCCCGUUAGCUGACCAGGAGCUGGAAGCCAUCAGACUGAAGCUGUGGGCCAUGGAGCAGGCCCAGCGACCGGAGCCGCCCGGGGAGCAGGGCCCAGAGGGGGAAGAGGAAGACGCCAGGGCCCUGCUGGCCGGGAAGCUGCUGAGCCCCGAGACGGACAGCCCCACGGAGGCGGUGGAGGCCGAUCACAGAUCCGUCUACGUGGGCAACGUGGACUACGGGGGCACAGCCCAGGAGCUGGAGGCCUAUUUCAACCACUGCGGGGAGAUCCAGCGGGUCACCAUCCUGUGCGACAAGUUCUCUGGACACCCCAAGGGCUAUGCAUACAUAGAGUUUGCCACCGAGAGCUCGGCCCAGGCCGCUGUGGAGCUGGACAAGAGCGUCUUCCGAGGCCGGGUCAUCAAGGUGCUGCCCAAAAGAACCAAUUUACCAGGGAUCAGCUCCACGGACCGCGGGGGCCUUCGGGGACACCCAGGCGCCAGGGGGGGACCCUUCCCCCACAGCAACUUCCAGGGCGGGGCCCGUUUCAGACCACGGGGGCGGAACCGGUGGGCCGGGCCCUGGGAGGGCGGGAUCCUAUUGGAGCGGGGCCCGGUGGGCGGGGCUCUGUUGGGCCUGGCUGGGUCCGGUGGGCGGAGCCCUGGAGGCCGCUCGCUCCCCGGCCUCUCUCCGGGCAGGGGGCGCGGAAGAUUCUCGCCGUGGUAUUCACCGUAUUGAAGGGAGGGCCCGAUUUUGAGAGUGGGGCUGCCUCUGGGUCAGGAGUAGACAGCCGUGCUCCUCGUGCGACCAUUUACUCCGCGCAGAAUAACUAUCCGUCCCCCUUCCCUCGGCGGGAGGACAGCCCAGACCCCACGGCCGAAGCCACCGGUCGCGAAGCAGGGCACGGGGUGGACCUGGCACGCGGGCUAGUCGGGGCUUUGGAGGGGACCGGGCAAAGCUGCGGGCAGGUGAGGCCCAGGCAGCGUCGGGUCAGCUUCGGGGCGGCAUACUCAGGACUGUUCCACUAACGCCUUUUACAGAAAAGUAGAAAUGUGUGUCUUACUGGUAAAGCAUAAAUUAUUAAACUUGAAUAUUUUUUAAAAGCA